UCUCUCUCUCUCUAUAGACUCCAACUCAGACUUUGAUGAUGUUUUAACACCUGACUGUCAGUCUCUGAAAACUUUGUCAUCAACACCUCGUAAAAAGCUUUACCAAUCAGCUCGCAGAAAAGACCAUAGAGAUGUGGGUAUCCCUCUUCCUGGAUUGGAUAUUUCCAAUUUAUCAGGUGAAGAAGGGGACAGAACAAAAUACAUAAAGUCUGAUGACGAACAGGGACAUGGAGAUGGAAUAAUACAGGGACAUGGAGAUGAACCAGUCUUGCAAGAUUUAAAUAUAUCCAACGAUAACUUGAACUCAAACAGUGAAAGGAAAACAGAUUAUGGAGAAAAUGGAGAAGUCUUUAAAACCAGAAAAUUGUCACACGCUUCAGAGACCAUGGAUAGAAACUAUGGGUCUUCUGAUCUUGACAGGAUAGGAAAUGUUCUCACAAAAGGAAGAUCAGGAGAGAAAUCUCUGGCAGACCCUUCGUACCUUACUACAGGCAGACCUGAAGCAUCAAAAGAAACAGCUGAAGAAAAAGCAUCACCUGUUGCACCUGCUGAGCCUUCAUAUGUUCUUCCAGCUAUUUCUCUUGAUGAUGCAUGGCGCUGCAGUAAAACUACCAAAGAUGAUGACACCCCCUUGGAAAUUCCUGAAACAAAAGCUGAAACAGCUCUUGUUCCACAGAUGCCAGAUUCAUCUCAUAGAAUGCCUGAACCUGAGAAUGUAACAAACUCUGCAAGAGCUAUGGAGGAAGAAGAAGAAGUUGCCAAGGUUAUUAGUGAGAAAAGUAACAAGGAUGACGACAGUAAUCUGAUAGCAAGUGAAAUAAUGGAAGAAUCCAUCGUUGAAUCUCUCUCACAAUCAAUUAUGACCAACAGUGACGAAGAUCCUUUUAAAAGCUGGUGAAACAACAACAAUGGAACAAAGGAA